CAUAUUCUCUAAAAUCCAUAAGAGAAAGGCGAAAGAGAAAAUCGAGAGUGGAGAGAUUGACGAAGAUGGCUUCAAGACCCAUUGUUCCUCAACAAGCCAGAGGCGAUGCCGGAGUUGGAGGCGCCGGAGUAGCAGUUCACAAGCAGACGAAGAAAAACGCGGCGCCCGGAGAUGGGAGGAGCCGCCGUGCGUUGGGGGAUAUCGGGAAUGUGGUGAACGUUCGAGGAGUGGUUGUUGAUGGAAAACCCCAGCAGCAGAUUCGUCGUCCACUCACCAGAUCUUUUUGCGCUCAAUUACUUGCCAAUGCCCAAGCUGUCGCAGCCGCCGAGAAGAACAAGAAAAAUGUAUGCGUUAAUGUGGAAAAAGCUCCUGUUCUUGAUGGAGUGCCUAAAAGAGGUGCUGCCGCUGCACCGAAGGCUAUUCAAAAGAAACCGGCUGCUAAGCCCUUGCCGGCGACGGCAAAAGUAAUCGAAAUCAGUCCAGAUGUCGAAGAAGAGGUGGAAGUAAAGGAAGAGAAGGUAAAGGAGGAGAAGAAGAAAGAUGAGGUUGAAGUGAAGAAUAAUAAGAAAGUAACUGAAGGGGCGAGAUCAUCCAAGAAAAAGCAACAUACUUUUUCUUCAGCCCUUACUGCAAGAAGCAAGGCUGCUCAUGGAAUUGCAAACAAGCCAAAGGAGCAGAUUGUUCUUGACAUUGAUGAAGCAGAUGCUAAUAACCACUUGGCAGGUGUGGAAUAUGUUGAAGAUAUCUACAAGUUCUAUAAAUCUGUUGAGAACGAGAGCAGGCCAAAUGACUAUAUGCACUUGCAGACUGAUAUCAAUGAGAAGAUGAGGGCAAUUCUCAUCGAUUGGCUGAUUGAUGUUCAUCAAAAGUUUGAGCUUUCACCGGAAGCUCUCUAUCUUACCGUCAAUUUGAUCGAUCGGUUCCUAUCGGUGAAAGUCGUUCCGGGGAGGGAACUACAACUGCUUGGCAUGAGUGCCAUGCUUAUUGCCACCAAAUAUGAAGAAAUCUGGCCCCCUGAGGUCAAUGAUCUAGUAUGCAUUGCAGACAGAACUUACACUCGUGAACAAAUACUUUUGAUGGAGAAAACUAUACUGGGAAGGAUGAAAUGGACUUUGACAGUCCCUACGCACUAUGUAUUCCUCGCUCGGUUCAUCAAGGCGUCGAUCCCGGAUCUGAAAAUGGAAAACAUGGUAUACUUCCUAGCUGAAUUGGGGAUAAUGCACUAUGAGACCAUUCGAUUCUGCCCAUCUAUGGUUGCUGCCUCAGCCGUGUAUGCUGCUCGAUGCACUCUAAACAAGACACCGACUUGGACCGACACGCUCAAGUUCCACACCGGUUACUCGGAGCCACAGCUCGUGGAUUGUGCCAAGCUGCUGGCUUAUUUUCAUUCCAAAGCUUCUGAGAGUAGGCUUCAGGUUGUGUAUAAGAAGUACUCGAGCUCUCUACGAGCAGGCGUCGCGUUGUUUCCGCCAUCCAAGUAUCUAUUAUGUGCUGAAAGCAGGCUACAGGUUGCUUAGAUUUAGAUUAGGAUUUCUGGAAACUAAUUCCUGCGUUUCUUCCAGUGAAACAUUGAUUUGUUGUCAUUAAGUAGGUAUUCAUUGAAAGCUGGCUUAUUUUCAUUCCAAAGCUUCUGAGAGUAGGCUUCAGGUUGUGUAUAAGAAGUACUCGAGCUCUCUACGAGGAGCCGUCGCGUUGUUUCCGCCAUCCAAGUAUCUAUUAUGUGCUGAAAGCAGGCUACAGGUUGCUUAGAUUUAGAUUAGGAUUUCUGGAAACUAAUUCCUGCGUUUCUUCCAGUGAAACAUUGAUUUGUUGCCAUUAAGUAGGUAUUCAUUUGAAGUGUUCGGAUUUCAGAAUUAUAUUUGUUGGUGAAUGAAAUUGUUUAUUAAGGCCA